AUGAGAGUAUCGAUACGACUACUUGCGAAGCCUACAGCUGUUGGCUCAACCAAUGGACUAAAGCCAGCUCCAUUGGCUUUGCUGCCGCCGAUCCCACUGUACAGACGGCUGCUGCGAGCACACCGGAAAUACUUGGACCCGCAGAUGCGUCUGCUCGGAGACGAGUACAUCAAGAGCGAAUAUCGAUCUCACCGCAAUGUCGAAAAUCCCAUGCAUAUUAUUGGAUUCUUGACCGAAUGGCAGAUGUACGCCCAAAAUAUCGAAGGCGGCUCUUGGAAGGGGGAGAAGAUAGACAAAGGCAAGAUCGACAAGAUGAGUGACCAGCAGCUUGGGCAGCUCUAUGAACUCAUGCAGGCCAUACAGAAGCAAGCACAUGAGGAUGGCGCUCGGAAUGCAGCAAAGUAUGCACAAGAGUUAGCCAAGGAGAAGACUUGUCCCAAGUGCGACAAGAACGACGACUAUGAUGGGAAGAAGAUUAGGAUGGUCAAAGCGACGGUACAUGCCACAAAGUUCGGCUUUGGACCGAACAAGUCGGACUGUGGGAUUAAUCUCGGGAAGAAGACGCGGAAGUAUGGGCCGAAGAAGGAACCAAGUACGAUGUUGCUGGCAGAGGGAGGCUGCGUUGUGAUGUGA